AUGCGACCCGAUCUGGAUAGUCUUCGGGGGAGAGUAGAGCAUGGAAUAAGAACACAUGACCAGGGUUUGCGUAAUGCUGGGAAAGGGAAUGGGGCAUGGGCCACACGUAUACCUGCGCUUCCUGACGAGGACUGGGCUUUGAGUUGGGCUGGUGUCACGCCACCCGAUGAUCUUGGGGGUCCGUCAACAGCAAUCAUGUAUUCUCCCCCACCAUCAGAGGAAGAGACAUCAGGAGAAGACGAAGAAGGGGAAGAGGAGGAUGAGGACGUUGAUGGUGAUGAUGGGGUGGAUGAUGAGUAG